AAUGAAAUAAAAACUGAUGAAAAUUUUCUUAGUUGGGAUAAAUGAAAAAAAGUCUUUUUCAGAAUGGGGACAUGGCCUAGUUCAAUUUUAGGGAUAGACAGUCAAGGUAAGGCGGGUGUUGGUAUUUGUUAGGUAAGAAACUUAUAAUUUGAUGAUGUAAUUUUCUUGAUGACCAUUGUUAAAGGAAAUUAAUGAAGUUAUUGCAAGAG